UUAAAAAAAAUAAAAAAAUUUCAAUUAAAAAAAAAACAAUUCUCUAGGGCCCAAAGACUUAGAUCCAAUGAGGCUGACAUAGUUCCCCCCGUCCCAUUGGAGACCCCUAGACCUGAACCUACCUUUGUUUCUUCUCAGAAAAUUCUAAGGUCUUGGUCUCCUCAGGGGGAAACUGAGCAGGUUGGUUCCCCUUGCUCCUCAUCAUCUGCAUCAUCACCAGAUCAUGUUCCGGCUGUGGCGGGCCCUAGUGCCAGGUCUCAGGAGGAUAUCUGGUCUGCUCAAUUUCAGUCCUUUAUGCAAAAUACAUUCACUCAGUUUAUAUCCUCCAAAGGUCAACUGACCUUCCAACCUCUAUCCCAAAAAGGGAGGGCCACUGUUUCCGCCACAGAUGUUUAAGAAACCUCCUCACAGCUGGGAGAGGCGGAGUCGGUGGACCUUGACAUAGCUGACAUGCCCUUGUCGGAAGAUGAAGAGGCUACUCCUGAGCAGACCCCAACUUCAGGUCUCUUUGACCCCUCUCUUCUUAAAUCUCUCCCAAUCAAAGCAAUUACCACCGUUAAUCUAACUUUUGUACAGGAGGAAAAACCUUCUACCAGUCAGGAGGCCAAUCCUCUGUUCGCGAGGAAGGUAGAGGAGGACAAGUACAUUCCUUGCCCAGAGGUUUUCCGCACCUCUGUGGAAGAUCAAUGGUCCUCGCUGGCAGCUCCACCUGUUCCUAACAGCGUAGAAAAGAAGCUGUUUAAUGUUUCUCCUUCAUUUGCCUCACUGUUGGAGGUACCCACUGUUGAUAGUCCUCUGAUCUCACUGUUUUCUACAUCUGCUAUUCCAGGGGACAUGACAGAGGCCCUGAAAGCUGAAGACAAGAAAUUUGAGCUCUCUCUCCGUCAGGCACACCUGGCCUCGGCCUGGGCGGCCGAGGUGGCAACUUCUUCCUCCUUCUUCACCAGGGCUUGCAUCAUGUGGCUUCACGAGCUACAGGCCAGCGUCCCUCCAGAUCAGGUUAGAACACAUCAAACUUUGGCCAAAAUAUUGGCCGCUUCCCAAUACAUGGCAGACGCUUCCUUACACUCAACUAAAUAUUCUGCAAAAUCUAUAGCUGCCACGGUUGCCUCUCUAGGCUCCUAUGGCUGAAACAUUGGAAGACAGACUUGAAGGCUAAAUGGCACCUGUUCACAUCUAAAUACAGUGAGACACUCUUGUUUGGAUCUAUCUUGGAUCCACAUGUUAGCAAGGGUAAGGACAAAUGCAAGAUCUUAGUCCACCCUUCAAAAAAACUGAACAGGAGAGCCCCACAGGAGUUCCGUAGACAAAGUUUCUGUCCCAGCAGCUCCUGGGAGUGGAGACAGCCCUUUUGGCCAGGGCAAUCCUGGGACUGUUCAAGAGGCUUGCGAUCCUUCUACUCCAGACAGGAUCAUUCCCAGGAUCGCCAAAAUACUGGAGCCAAAGGCCAAUUCCAGUCUAAGCGUCCAUUCAGGGUAUCUAGAGGCCAUCCUUACAGGCGGUCCAAGUGAUGCCAGGCAGGACUCUCCCAUUGGGGGUCGGCUGGAAAGGUUCAGCGACGUCUGGGAACUGACCACCUCCGACGCCUGGGUAUUAGAGACCAUCAAGUACGAUCUUACCCUAGAGUUCUAUUCUCCCCCACCAGACCACUUCAUCAGGUGCCCUCUCUCCCGGAACACUACCAAGGCAAACUUGGUAGCCUCAGCCAUUUCGCAUCUGGUAUCAAUUCAAGCCAUAGAACCAGUACCAAGGGACCAGGAAGGGAAGGGGUUUUGCUCCAUUCUCUUCGUGGUUCCAAAGGCCUCAGCAGGGUGGAGGGCAAUACUGGAUCUAAAGGGACUGAAUUAUUUCUUAACCUACAGAAGGUUCAAGAUGUAAUCUCUGAGGUCCAUACUAGCCAGCAUCAGGAAGAGAGACUUCCUCUCUUCAAUAAACCUCACGGAGGCAUACCUAUAUAUUCCGAUUCACCCGCAAUAUCGCAAGUUUCUCAGGUUUUGCUAUGCGCACCGACAUUACCAAUACAGGGCCUUACCCUUCGGUCUAUCCUCAGCUCCAAGGGUCUUCACAAAAAUAUUAGCAGUCAUAGUGGCCCAUCUCAGGCUGAUGCCGGUGCGCGUACAAUGUUACCUGGACGAUAUCCUAGUCCAGUCCAGUUCUCUCCAGACAGCACAGUUAGACAUUCAGACCACAAUACUCACCAUUCAGAAUCACGGAUUCUCCGUGAACUUCAAAAAGAGCCACACCACUCCCAUAAGGAGACUCCAACACCUGGGGGCAAUAAUAGACUCAUCACUCUGCAAGGUAUAUCUUUCUCUGGAGCGUCGAACCAGCAUCAGGAAACUGAUUCGGAAGGACAGGAGGGUGUCUCUGGCACAGCUGUCAAAACUCCUAGGGAAGAUGAUAUCUUGCAUGGGCAUCGUUCCGUGGGCCAGGCUCCACUCCAGGCUCCUACAGUGGUUCCUCCUUCCUUAUCAAAGACAGAACCUCAGUGCUUCCAACAGGAAGGUCACAGUCCCACAUCACACAUUACGGUCUCUACUUUGGUCUCUACUCUGCGAUGACCAAGGGAACCAUAUUCAGAGAGCCGACUCGGGUCACUUUCACAACAGACGCAAGUCUGUUCGGUUGGGGAGCUCACCUGGGGACCCAUCUGGCCCAGGGACAGUGAACCCGCUUGGAUCUCGCCCACAAUAUCAAUUGGCUCGAACUUCGGGCCAUACACCUAACCCUCCUCCAAUUCUCUCCUCUAGUAAAAGGGAAGCAUGUCCUCAUCUUGACCGACAACGUGGCAGCAAAGGCCCACGUCAACAAAGAAGGAGGGACCCGGUCCUGGGAACUUAUGCGCGAAGCAUCGGCUCUGGGUCUUUGGGUGGAGUCAAACUUGGGUUCCAUCAGGGCGGAACAUAUUUCAGGGGAGGCAAAUCGUCAAGCAGACUCUCUGAGCAGAGCCAAGGUGGACCAUGCGGAAUGGCAACUGGAUCUGGCUCUGUUCGAGGAGAUCUCACGGAGAUUCGGGUAGCCGCACCUGGACCUAUUUGCCACCCCGACAAACACACAGCUUCCCAGGUUCUUCUCCAGGUUUCCGACACGGGGAACAGAUGCCCUUCGAUGUCGGUAGCCGGCGCAGCUUUUGUACGCCUUCCCACCACUUCCUCUGAUACCGGCGACCAUACGCAAGCUGAUCCUGGAAGGAGCAGAGGUAAUCUUGAUUGCUCCACAUUGGCCACGGCGUCCGUGGUUUGCCGACCUUGUGGAUCUCUCAAUAUCACCUCUGUGGAGGAUCCCUCCAGACCGAGUGGUCCUCAGCCAGGGCAACCUUCUACAUCCCGACCCGCAGUGGCUACAACUAGCCGCUUGGCAUUUGAACGGGAAGGUAUAGCCAGGCAGUCUUAUUCGUCCGGGGUGAUCUUGAUGAUACAAGCAUCGAGACGCCCUUCGAUGAACAGGAUCUAUGACGCCACAUGGAGAGGAUUCUGCAAGUGGUGUUUUAUACAUAAGUUAGAACCACUCUCGAUCACUAUUCCAAAUAUCCUAGACUAUUUGUUAGAAGGUCUGAAUAAGGGUUUGUCAUCCAGUACUAUCCGCAGGCAACUAGCGGCCCUUUCAACGGUCCUUUCCUGCGACAAUUCCAGCCCCUUGUAGCAACAUCCGGCAAUCAGUGCCUUUCUAAAGGGAGUGGUCAACACCAGACCUCUGGUAGUACAUUGCUAUCCUUCUUGGGAUUUAACCAAGGUGCUGCAGACCUUGACAUCGUCUCCGUUUGAACCUCUCAGUUCAUGUUCUCUCCACUUCUUGUCUUUAAAGGUAGCAUUUCUAGUGGUUAUUACCUCAGCUAGAAGGAUCUCGGAAUUAGCUGCGCUGUCAGUCAGGGAGGAUUUAUGCACCUUCUUCAAGGACAGGGUGGUCCUUAGACUGGACCCCUCAUUCAUUCCAAAGGUUAACACUAUCUUUCACAGAUCUCAGGAGCUAAUCCUCCCCAAUUUCUGUCCCAAUCCUGCGCACAGGUUGGAACGUCAGUGGCAUAAGUUAGACGUAUGCAGGGCUCUGCGUUACUAUGUGAAGCGCACUUCAUCCUUCCAUAAGUCGGAGGCUCUAUUUGUAUCCGUUCAACCUUUGGCCAUGGGGAAGAAAGUUUCUUCCUUGACCAUAGGUAGGUGGAUCAGGGCUUGUAUAACUUGAGCCUAUUCUUCUCAGUCAAUUCCCGUUCCUCCGCACGUUACGGCUCACUCAACAUGCAGUGCUGCUGCGUCGGCCAUGUGGUCCAUGCAGGCUUCGUUGGAGGAGAUUUGCAGAGCUACAACGUGGUCUUCUCCUUUGGCGUUUGUCAGACAUUACUGUGUAGAUGCCUUUGCGGCGGCUGAUGCGGCAUUUGGCAGGUGUGUACUUCAACAGGUUGUUUCUUCUCAAGGUUCACGAGCCUAGACUCUCCCUCCCGAGGAGACAUGAGGGCUUUGGUAUGUCCCAUCCGGUGGAUUCUACAGCCAUCCUGCUGGAGAAGGGGCGUUGUCUUACCUGAAUGCCUUUUCUCAGCAGAAUGAUGUAGAAUCCACACCCUCCCAUGAAGAUAGUCUAGGCAGGUGUACAACAAAUGGAGCCAUUACGUGAAUUCAUCAGAGCUGCUUCGCCUCGUCAAAACUGGGAGUCACACCCAAAGGAGGGGCGUGGGCAAAGUUCUGACUUAGUCUGCUGAGCAGGAAGGCUGUAAUAACCCAUCCGGUGGAUUCUACAUCAUCCUGCUGAGAAAAGGCGUUCAGACUUCAGCAUCUUCUUUUGAGAAGCCUCUUUGGCUUCAGGAAACUUAUCAAGCAGUGAUGAAAAAAAGCAGCAGCGAUAAAUUAUACAAUGAAGAAUCCUCAGAAGAGGAAGAUAUAUUUAAUCGUGCCAACAUCAGGUAUUUUUCUUUCCUUUUUUCCUCUUUGGCAUAUUACAUAUUACAAGAAAGAAACUGACAAAGCAUGAUGAUGAUGAUGAUGGAGAUGAUGAUGGUGAUGAUGCAUUCAUUCAUGUCCAACUCUUGGUGAUUCUAUGGAAAAGGUCUUGCCACAUCUUCCUAUCUUGCACUAUUUGAGUUUCUGUCUGCUUUGGUUGAUGUCAGCUUUGAUGGAGUACGGCCACCAUGUUCUUUGACAGCCUGGGUUCCUUUUACUGCUCACUCUUCCAAAUGUAAUUGCAUUCUCCAGUGAAUUCCCCGCAUGACUAGAGGGAGAAUCGUCCCAUUCUGCAACUUAGAGAACUUUAUAUUUUUCAUUACUAAAUUCUUGAAGAUCACUUGAAGUGCCCAUGAAGGCAACUCAGAAGCUACAACUGGUCCAAAAAGCAACAGCAAAUGCUGGAUUGGAUGUUUCUAGGUUUGCCCAUGUUACACCUCUGUUGUAUGAGCUGUACUGUCUCCCAGUUUCCUUCUGGGUGUAAUUCAAAAUGUGGUUGUCACCUUUAAAUCCCUACAUGGCAGGGAUCAGGAUAUUUGUGGGAUCGCUUCCCCUGACAGUAUCUGCCCAUCCUACCAGAUCAGAUAGGGCAGGUGUGCUCCAGGUCACUUCCCUGGAGUCUUGCAGUCUUUCUAGAGGGAGUUCGGAACUGUGCCUUCACCUGUGGCUGUGCCUACCUUAUGGAAUACUCUCCCCCAAAGGAUUCCACAAGCCUCCCCUCUUUUAGGCUUUUGGAAGGCUGUCAAUUCCUGGGCUUUUACCCGGGCGCAGGGAUGGAGAAUGAAUGUCUGAAAUUGAUGGUGGUACAUCCCAAGGGGAUGACUGAAAAGCCUGGUGUUUGUUCUCAUGUUAUGGUUUUAUUGUUAUGAGCCACCAAGAAUUUUGUUUGGGCAGCCAUCCAAAUAUUUUUUAAUAGAGGUAAAUGUGGCAUUCUACAGAAAUGCUUACUUUCUUCUUUCACUGAAAAACACCCCACAAUUUGGAUGUUGUAUUCAUAUACUUUGUUUAUAGUAUGAAUUAGCUUUUCUGGCUGAGAUUGUCUUCUCUGAACAUGGGCAUACACCAAUGCAGAGUCAAUGUAUGUAAUAUUGUCUUGAAAAUAGAUUUGUUUAUGACCUUCAUGUAGAAGAGCUGUACAUGAAGAAGAAACCAUGCAAGUUGCAAAAAAAUAAUAAUCUUAAACCUUAUUGUUAUACAACAAACUCUGUAAUUUCUGCUCUUCUUUAUUUGUCAAAUCUCGAGAAACCCCUCAACCUCCUCCUGUGGAAAUAACGUAAGUUACUACAUGUAUCACAGAACUAUUACUAAUUUUGUUUUCCUGUUUAAAAGUUUGAGCACCACAGUGAGCCUUCUGAAUUUUUGUUGAAAUGAUUUUAUUAGAAAUCCUUAGAGUGCUGUUUACAACACAACUGAGUAACUGAGCAGAGUCCAAAACUUUGGAAGAACACUUAAGGUAUUUCGUUGAAGUUUUUAAUUUUAAAUAUAUUAGAUAUUUUAGACUACAUAUUAAAGGGUUUAUCCUCUGCAAUAAUGUAUUUUAUUUUUCAAAGAUAGCUACA